CGCCCACCCCGAAGCGAAACGAAGCCCCAAAUUUGAGCAAAAAGGAAGAAGAAGGAACGAAGCCCCAAAUAAUAAAACAAAACAUAAAACAGCCCCACCCACUCAGUCGGACAAAAACACACAGACUCAUACUCAUUCAUCACUUAUUAUUAUUAUUAUAGGACUGUUUAUUGUUAAAAUCUCUCCUCUUUUUGUUGUUGUUGUUGUUGUUGGUGGCAGAUCUGGUAAGUUAGUGACGAUGGUAGUGAACGAGAGGCCGAUGAAGAGGAUGAAGAGGAGGAUCUUUGCCGAUCUCUACGACUUCCAUACCUUCCCCACCACUACCAACACCACCGAGGAGGCCGAGCAGCCCUUCAGAAUAAAGAUGAGAGCUUUUCUGGAGAAACACGCCCACCUCACGCUCUCGCACUCCGCUGCCGUACUUCCCUCUCUCUUUACUUGGCAGCUACUGUUACGAGUUACCUCCCACAGUAUCACUCACACUACUAAUAAUAUGCUCUCCCUCUACGUGGUCGAAGAGGAUGUUACCCGCAUAUCAUCAUCAUCAUCAUCAUCAUCAUCUCGCAAUCGCAGAUCCGUUUACUGUGAUCAUUGCUGUGUCGCUGGAUGGAGUGGACACCCGGUGUGUCGUAAGCGAUACCAUUUGAUAAUACGGGCAGAGAGUGGGUGUGGGUCAUUGGAUGAUGGAUGCCAAGACCAUAACAAGUCCUGUUCAAGCUGCGGAGCUCAACUCCAUCUCUCCGAAUCAAGGUGUAGAAGUUGCAAUUGUGUGAUAACGGCAGAUGAUUUGGAAGAUUGGGCGUACAAUCAAUUUGAAGAUCACACUCAUCUCCUCCAUGCUGUUGUUCACUCCAACGGUUAUGCCCACCUUCUUACCGUCAAUGGUAGAGAAGGCGGCUCCCUUUUUCUUUCCGGACGUCACAUUAUGGACUUCUGGGAUAGGCUCUCUACAUCACUCGCUGUCAGGAAGGUUAGCGUGAUGGAUGUAUCAAAAAAAUAUGGGAUGGAGUAUCGAUUACUUCAUUCAAUCACCAAAGGUCAUUCAUGGUAUGGUGAAUGGGGUUACAAAUUUGGUGCAGGAAGCUAUGCUCUCACGCAGGAAGCUUACCAGAAAGCAGUAGAUACAAUAUCCAGCAUGCCCCUAUCCCCAUUUCUAUUCCAGGGGAGAGGACCCCGAACUCGUGUGCAGGCUGUCAUUGCUUUUUACCAGUCUCUAUCAGACACUGAAUUUGAAACAAUCAAGGAUCUUUUCUCCUUUUUAUUAAGUAUGAUCCAUAAAGCAUGUAAGCCAUUGGUGCCCACUACAUCUAAGAAGCCCGAACUCAGCACCUCUAAUGUCUUGUGUGCAUGGACAAGGAAUGAUGUUGAGUGCGUGCAACAAGCUAUGAUGAAGGUGCUACUUGCAGCAGCUGGUGAAGCCAGCUGGGUGACAAGGCGUGCCCUUAAGGGUGCAAUGUGCAAGACAGCAUCUCGGGAACUUCUUGAUUACAGCCUUAAGCACUUGGGAGGCAAGGUGGCAGCCAAUGGAUUGGUGGUUCGUUCCUGGUACAAUCCCAUUUCCAGUGCAGUGGAAUUCAGGCUUGAGCCUUUGAGUAUUGUCCACGGCAGAUUUGAUUUAAAUUCAAACUACCCAUCAAAAGAGCAAAUUGUUUGUGAUCUCAAGCUUCUUUAUGAUUCACUUCUACACCCUGAAACCAUGGUCAACUUUAGACCACCAGAAAUGCGGGAACAUCUUAUUGACUCUGCAACUAAGCUUCUUGACUGCAAGCAAUUUAUGAAGGACUAUGAGCCUGAUAGAAUGGCAUUAACAAACCCUUUGUCUAUACAACUCUGGUGUUAUGUUGAGUUCUCAGAUAAGCCUAAAGAUGACAUAGCUGUACCCCCAGAGCUAGUUGUCUUGCCCCUGAAUGCCACAGUUGCUGAUCUUAAGAGUGAAGCAACGAAAACCUUUCAAGAGGUAUAUGCCAUGUUUAAAAGGUUUCGGGUGGAGGAAUUGCCGGAGUUUGGAUCUUUAGAUAAUUCAAUUACAAUGAAAUUUUUGGUCGGAUAUGGUGCAUCAAUUCGAGUUCAAGGAAGAUGCCCUGCCAAACAUGGGCUAAGCCGUUUCCGGAUGGAGAGGGGAAUGGAGAGCUGGACAGUUGAUUGCACCUGUGGGGCUAAGGAUGAUGAUGGUGAGAGAAUGUUGGCUUGUGACACAUGUGGUGUUUGGCAGCACACAAGGUGUGCUGGGAUUGAAAGUUUUGAAGAGAUCCCAAAAAAGUUUAUUUGUAUGAGAUGCUUUAAAUUAUACAGCAAAGAAUCUGAAAAGGACUCUGAUUCUAACCUUGAAACUAAAGAUGCUGUGUUACCCAGCACAUCUUGCAGGGACAAAGCAGUAGAAACUAAUGGUCCUGGAGUUGCCUCUAACACGACUUUGACAUUUGGUGUGCGUUGAUUGUAUUUUCUGUAUGGUUCCAUGUAAAUGUAUAGUUUCUUUUUGGUUUAGGAUUGGUGAUAAGGCCUAUAAUGCCUUAUGGGGAGAUUGUCAGAUUACUUGAGGACACUACCCUUUUUUGAGUAUGAGCUCAUGGGCUUUUUGACUGUUUUGUUUCAUAUAUAUAAAAAGCUCAAAGAAAAGAAUAUUCUGUUCUA